GUCGAGCAGGGGCUGCUGUGCCUUGCCAAGCUUCUGCAGCUGGGCUUCGGGGAGGCAGGAGCGCGCGUGAUCUCCCGUUGCCUGAGGAACGGCAUCGUCGCUCUUGACACGCACAGCCCUGGCGUGAUUGUGCAUGCCUUCUUCGGCUUCUGCGACAUCCGGAACUUCACGGACCUCACAGAAGUGCUGCAGGCAGAUGUGGUUCAAGUCGUUAACGGGGUGGGAAAGAUCGUGCAUGAUAGCGUCAACAAGUGCCACGGGGCCCCAAACAAGAACAUCGGAGAUGCUUUCCUGCUUGUUUGGAAGCCCAAGGGAGAGCUCGACAUUCAGGAGGUGGCUGACGGAGCUCUGCGGUCGUACAUCGAAGCCAUCUGCGAGAUCGCACGGGACAAGAAGAUCAUCGCGCAGACGAGCAAGGAGGCGGUGCAGCGACGGAUCCCGGGCUAUCAGCUCCGCCUCGGGUUCGGCCUGCACUACGGCUGGGCGAUCGAGUGCGCCAUCGGGUCUCAGCACAAGGUGGACGUCUCAUACCUGAGCCCGCACGUGAACAUCGCCUCGCGGCUGGAAGCAGCGUCGAAGCAGUACGGGGUGAGCAUCCUCCUGUCGGGCGACGUCUUCGAGCUCCUCUCG